GUUGUUUGGUUCCGUUAGCGGACAAACAAAGGCUACUGCUCUUAAUGACAGCCUCGCUAUGCCAUGGCCUUUCUGCUUUUCGGCCUGCUUCUGCAGCCAGGGACACUGGAGCGAAAUGGCAUGCGACCCGUCACCAUCAGAUCCAAAAAGAAACACGGCAGAAGAAGCAGUUGAAGCUCAAAAGACUCGUGGCGACAAUUCGCCCCAGCAGUGCAGUUCCGCCACGUGCCAAGCGUACAGUGAAUGUGGAGGGCUGGGCAGACUUUCCAGGACUACCUGUAGGACCAGCUUUGGUUGACCGCGAGGUCAGCUUUAGAACCCAGCCUUCUAUGAGGCAAGUGCGCGAACAACUGCUGGAUUGCUGGCAAAGAUCCAGCUGCUUGCAGGAGUCAAGCUCACAGGUCACUGAGUAUCACCCCAUGGAGGUCAAGAAGACCGACUGCCAGUUUUCAAGGUUUGCCAAGAUGUUUGAUCCAAACAAGCUGCCCAAAGACUUCAGAAGGCAGCUCUACCAUGGACAGUACAGGCUUCCAAGAGGAGGAGGAGGAGGAGGAGGAGGAGGAGGAGGAGGUAAUUUGGGCCUUCAGGUCUGCCACGAACUGGAUAUUGCAUACUUUGAGGAUGUGCAGUUUUGGGAAUCGGAUGUGCCUCAAACACCUCCCAAUACGCCAGUUCAUGCAUGCGCCCCUGACAACAGCGAUGCCAAGCGCGACCGGCUAUCUAAGACUCCUACCUUGCCAUGUUCCAGGAACCAACGAAAUCCAAGUCUGACCUCAGAGGCUGAGUCUGAACUUCAACCCCAACCAUUUCAAAGGCAAACUACUCACACAACGGACAACGAGAUGCCAGUUGUUGAAACCGAGAGGGCAGAUGCUUGCGAAGAAUCCAGUAGCUCUGCAUGCCCUGAGCUUCCUGAACCUGAUUUUAGCAUGGCACCGCUUGCUGAUGACGAGAUUGUGUACAAUGACACCACGGUCGAACAUGAAAAGCGCCUUUCGAUGCUAUCACCUCACAUCGAUGUUCAGCCUCGAGCACAUUGGCUGGAAGUGCAGGAGAGGAGGGUUGGCCAGCAGAUACGCCGCAAUCAGGUUUCCUACGAUGAGACACCACGCCCCAGACAAGCUGGUGGUUUGGCCCGGCACCUAGAGCCAUGAAUUCCGUGAGCACUUUGCGAAGCUAUGAGCACAGCUGUUCCAGUUGUAAGCUAUAGAGCUGUUGCCCUGUUCGUGACUUUUCGCAUGGAAGCCUGGAAGUUUGGACGCAAAUUUUUCAUAGUCUUUCGGCUUGGGAGCUUCGGAGCCCUGGAACCCUGCAACCAGAACCUUGAAACCCUCCAACUUCGCAACUCCCGAACCAAAUUUUUAUUGCUCUAUGUCAUAUGUGCCUGGAACUAUAUACAGUAUGUGUUUUGAUUGCAACAUUAUCAUCGCGCCUUGACUCUGGAACCAUGAAUUGCUCGCAACUUUCACCUGGAACGCCGGAACCCUGGCAACUUGAAGCUGCGGCAAGUCACAGUUUUUCUUCCCAAACUACGGAAUUUCUUACUUCUCUUUGAGCCAGGCUGCCAGGCCCAGGUCGUAACUUUUCUGGAAUCCAAUUGCCUAACAGGAUUUUCCUUUGCCACUUACGCCAUCAUGAUCCGCUUGGCGGUUGCAAAAGGCAAGCGCCAAAAGGCAAGCAACGCAGAAGGAAAGUAUAGAUACGCCAAAGGUGCAGAAGUGUUUCCGGAUUGCUGACUAAGUCCGUAGGUCGUCUAAGUCGAACUGUGUAGCUUUCCAUUCACUCGUCCGUCUUCCGAUCACAUUGCUUGUUGGCCCUUUCUAUGUUUCAUUCGGGUUUUGGUUGGCUGUGUAGCGACCCAGCGACUGCACAAGUAUCCUGAUAUUUCUCUUUCAAUACACUAUUUGGGUCUAUGCCGGUGCAUUUAUUGUUGACUUUGCACGCUCCGAAUGCGAUUUUGCUCAGUGUGUGGCUGGAGAGAAAAGGAAGCUAC